AUAAAGAAAAAGAUAUAUCAUAAAAAAAAACAGAUACAAGAGAUAAACAAAAGAUAAAGUUUGGCUUAAUGAAUAUUAGAUCCCUUUCUACAAAAGUGCUUUUUGUAAAUGAUAUGAUCACAGAUCGUAAUUUAAAUGUGCUCUGUUUGACAGAAACCUGGCUAAAACCAGAUGAUUACAUUAUUUUAAAUGACUCUACGCCCAAGAUUACUGUUAUAAACAUGAGCCGCAUCCAAAAGGUAAAUGGGGAGGUGUUGCAACAAAUUAUAGUGAUAUUUUCAGUCUAGUUUCAAGUAUAAUUUGUUUGAAGUAAUGGUGCUUCAUAUAAUAUUAUCCAGAGAAACAAGUGUUAAUGAUAAAUCCCCUGUGACUUUUGUACUGGCUACUGUAUGCAGGCCACCAGGGCGCCAUACAGACUUUAUUAAAGAAUUUGCUGAUUUUCUAACUGAGUUAGUGUGCUACAGAUAAAGUCUUAAUUGUUGGUGAUUUUAAUAUCCAUGUUGAUAAUGAAAAAGAUGUAUUGGGAUCAGCAUUUAUAGACAUCCUGAAGUACAUUGGGGUUAGACAGGGCCUACUCAUUGUAAUCGUACUUUAGAUUUAAUACUGAUUCUGUCAACUCUGCACUGGCUAACUAUUGAACAUUGAAUACAUUUCAAAAUCUUGCUAAUUACAUAUAAAGCCCUGAAUGGUUUAGCUUCUCAAUACUUGAGUGAGCUCAUAUCGCAUUAUGUCCCCUCACAUCCACUGCAAUCUCAAAACUCUGGCCAUUUGAUAAUACCUAGAAAUAUCAACUGCGGGUGGCACAUCUUCUUCCUAUUUAGCUGCCAAACUCUGGAACAAUUGUCUAGCAUUGUCUGGGAGGCAGACACACUCUGUCAGUUUAAAUCUAGAUUAAAGACUCAUCCCUGGCAUACACGCAUAACACACUAUCGCAUUUCUAAAAUUCGAAACUGUUAAAUGACUGUUAGGCUGCAUCAAUUAGGUGACCGGAACCAGGAACACUUCCCUUAACACCUGAUGUACUCGCUACAUCGUAAGAAGAAUGGCAUCUACGCUAAUAUUAGUCUCCUUCAUUUUAAUUCCGAGGUCACCGUAGCCAUCCGGAUCCAGAUCGGAUGGUGGAUCAGCACUGAGAGACAAUCUCUACAGCCCUGAAUGUCAGUGGAGACCGUGUCAAAUAGAUGCACCCCAGAAACAGAUGCUCUGCGAAGACCUCGUCACCUCAACGACCAUCAGCACAAGAACACGGGAAACACACAAGUCCUCUGCACAAUCUGACCUGUGUUGCAGCCUGGAAUUAAACCACGCCAUGCUGGUUUCCUCUGUUCUGAGCAUGGUUUCUCCCAAGGUUUUUUCUCCAUUUCUGUCACCGUUUUGGUUCCUUGCCACUGUCACCUUCGGCUUGCUUAUUUGGGGACGCUUGACUGAUUGCACAGACAUUAUUGGAAGAGAGCUGAACUGGAUGAUGACAUAACUGAAUCAUCAAUGAACUGACUUUAGCUGGAAAAAUGGCUCUUUGUUAUUGUCCUUUUGUGUUAUUACCAAAUUAUUUUCCUGUUUGACACUGUAAAGCUGCUUUGACACAACCAGUAUUGUAUAAAGAGCUAUAUAAAUAAAGGUGACUUAUUGUUAUGUUAAGAUAUGUUAUAUUAUGGUUAUAGAAUUAUGAUUGUGUCAUUGAAAUGUGGUUCCUGGACAAACAGGAACAAGGAACAAGUUAAAUUUGGUUAAAUUUUCAUUCCAUUCCACACAAUGGAAGAUGCCUGGAUUAUAUGAGAGGAAAGAGAAACACAUGUAAAAAGAAUAGAUUAUUUCACAAUAUAUGUGGUGUGCUUGUUGACUUAACUCAGCCAACAGUUGAUAUAGAAGUGUUUAAUCAGUCUCAAUGAGAGUAAUUUCAAAUUCUGGCAAAAGGAAAUAAGGAAAUAAGGAAAUAAGGAAACGUACAUGGACCUUUGGACCACAGUUUAGAUGAAUUGGUCAUGAAAUUAGGACUGAUAUUUAAUUAAGUAACAAUACACACACUGCAAAAACAAAUAACACAAAAACUAAUGGAAUGCAUAGUUGAGAUAAAACUCUGGCAUUUGAUAAUACCUAGAAUAUCAAAAUCAACUGCAGGCAGCAGAUCCUUUAUUUAGCUCCCAAACUCUGGAAUCUCCCUAGCAUUGUUCGGGAGACAGACACACUGUCAGUUUAAAUCUAGAUUAACUGUUAACUGUUUGUCACUGUAAAGCUGCUUUGACACAAUCAAUAUUGUAUAAAGCACUAUAUAAAUAAAAGUGACUUGACAAAAAAUGGUCUGUUUUAAUGCCUGCACCAUACAUAAAAGAAACACUCACAGUGCAAAGUGGAAAAAGUAUGUGAAUAAUGUGAAUAAAUAGUUGUUAAAAAUGGUGUGAAGAGACUAAGUUGCUAACCUAGAGUACAAACAAUGAGACAAGAUUGAAAGUGUAGGUUAGAGUCUGCUCUUUAAAACAACACAAGCAUCUCUGAAUCUGUGAUGUUCAUCAAUCUAAACGAAGGAAGUUAAUCACUGUGACUUGUAUGUGGUAAUUCAUAACAAAUCCACGUGGGUUCACAAAGCUUUUCCUGUAGCUCUUUUUUGUUUCCUUCUCUAAAACGCAUGUAAAUAAGGAAGAAUGACUACAAAAAAAACAACAUAUUGUGAUAAAAUCUAUCAAUGAUUAAAGCUAACAAAAGACAUCCCAUAAUGUCUGCGAUAAGACUAAUGACAACACACUCAUGAAACAAACCAGACUAUAUAAAGCUCUCAAGAUGCAUCUGAAAACUAACUAACCAAAAUGCAGCCCUUAGGCAGACACUAUGUGGUGGUAAGACCUCUGUUUUCAGAGGACUCCUUCGCAGAGCAGCACGAGAGGAUCAACAGGAACCGCAAAACUCUACGGCACCAUCUAAAAGACUACUUCACUUGUGAUACAAAUCGUGCAAAGAAUGCAGCUCUUUCCCUUCUACCAAUCAUUGGAUGGAUGAAGAACUACAACAUCAAAGAAUGGCUGCUGGGUGACAUUGUUUCAGGCAUCAGCACUGGGCUAGUGGCAGUACUGCAAGGACUUGCAUUCUCUUUGCUGGCCUCUUUACCACCGGGAUAUGGACUGUACACUGCAUUCUUCCCUGCAAUAAUCUACUUCUUUUUGGGAACCUCCAGACACCUGUCAGUAGGGGCCUUUCCUAUUCUGAGUCUAAUGGUGGGCGCUGUUGUCACCCGACUGGUGCCUGAUGGGGGGCCAGCAGCUAACAUUACUGGAUUUGAAGGAUUGAGCAUGGAACAACAGAGAGUUCUAGUUGCUUCCUCGGUUACUUUUGUCAUGGGUGCAUUUCAGCUCAUAAUGGGGCUACUGCAGGUGGGCUUCAUUGUCAUGUAUCUGUCAGAGACUCUGGUGUCAGGAUUCACCACUGCAGCUGCUGUUCAUAUUUUGGUAUCCCAGCUCAGGUUUGUGUUGGGAUUGGACUUUCCUGGUAUAAACGGACCACUCGCCAUUGUAUAUACUCUGGAGAUUGUUUUUAGGCAAAUCACUAACACGAAUGUGGCCGACCUGGUGACAUCUAUUGUGAUCAUGGCGCUGGUGCUUAUUGUGAAGGAGAUCAAUGACAGAUUCAAGUCAAAACUACCUGUGCCAAUACCUAUAGAAGUCAUCAUGACUGUUAUCGCUUGUGGAGUCUCUUAUGCAUUCAACUUCGAAAAGCGAUUUAAUGUGGUUGUGGUUGGGGAGAUGGUAGACGGAUAUGAAUCACCAGUUGCUCCAAAUCUGGAAGUCAUCAAGGAGAGUGCAGUAGAGGCGUUUCCUAUGGCCAUAGUGGGAUUUGCUGUGGCUUUCUCAGUAGCUAAAGUGUACUCCGUCAAACACGACUACACGAUCGAUGGGAAUCAGGAGCUCCUUGCUUUCGGGGUGAGCAACAUUUUUGGGGCAUCUUUCCGAUCAUUUGCUGCCAGCACAGCCCUUUCUAGAACCGCCAUACAAGAGAGCACAGGAGGGAAGACGCAGAUAGCUGGAGUUCUUUCAGCCAUGAUGGUACUGAUUGUGACAGUAGCAGUAGGAUUUCUACUUGAGCCGUUGCCCAGGUCUGUUCUGGGAGCUUUGGUCAUUGUUAAUCUGAAAGGCAUGCUGAUGCAGUUCCGAGAGCUGCCGUUCUUAUGGAAGAACGACCGAACUGAUUUUGUGACCUGGGUGGUGACCUUCUUGGCUUCUCUUUUUCUGGGGCUGGAUUUGGGGUUGGCCGUGGGUCUUGGAGCAGAAUUGUUGACUGUGGUCUGCAGGACUCAAUUCCCACGCUGUUCCCUCCUGGCCAAUAUUACAGGAACUGACAUCUACAGGGAUCGCAAAGACUACAGCUCUAUUUACGAACCUGAUGGAAUUAAAAUAUUCAAGAUUCCCUCACCCAUCUUCUUUGCUAAUAUUGAUUUCUUCAGAGACAAACUGGUCCAAGCAGUGGGUUUUAGUCCCCUAAAAGUGUUGAAGAAAAGGAACAAAGCUCUGAGAAAGAUCAGAAAAAUGUUGUGUAAUGGGGAACUGGAGGUUUCAGAUAGAGGCCUUAAGGUGAGACAACCAUCAAUUGAUACAUCAGAAGACAACAACAUCAGCAUGGAGGGUCUGGACCAGCCCAUUGAUUUCUCUGGCAUUCCAAUCCAGGUGAACUGGAACACAGAACUGCCUGCCAACAUCUCUGUCCCUCCUGUGAACAUCCACAGUUUGGUCCUAGACUUCUCUGCGGUCUCGUUCCUUGACAUAUCUGCUCUCAAGGGUCUUAAAGCGACACUGAAAGAGUUUUUACGAAUCGAGGUUGACGUCUACAUAGUUUCGUGUGAUGUGUACAUCAUGGAGAAACUUCAUCAAUGUUCAUUUUUUGAUGAUGAGAUUAAGACGUCCAUGUUUUAUCCCUCACUACAUGAUGCCAUGUUGCACAUUCUGGAGAUGCAUCCAGAUCAUGGAGAACUAGAAAAGGAUAUAGACAUAAACUAUGAAGUCAUUCACAGAGACAGUAUAACUGUGUGAGGAACAGAAGAUUGUGAGCUAAACCCCCUGCUGAAAUAAGCUUAAAGGAAAUGUUGUGGUAAAAUUUUUAUGAGUGCAGCCAAACAAUGUGGGCAGAUAUGGAUUUCAACACUGUCACAACACAUUAUGUAGGCCUACAUUUUUCAGUCUGGCCAGUGGCUGUUUUGAGAAAAAUGCACUAUUUUAGUUUACAGCAACAUGAAUUCAUUGUUACCAUGUUUACUGGCGAUUUAGUGGCCUAACAGUAAAUUAAUUGAUGUUGUUUGUAGUUUAGUGGACAAACUGUCACAAGGGGCGAGCAGAAGCAUUACGAAUGUAAAUGGUGUGAAAAAAUUAAGUUUUGAACAAGACAUCACUAAU